AUGUCCUCCCAAAGAAACCAAGCAAUCAUACCCCAAGAAGAACAGAAUCCUCACAUGAUGAACUUCUCCAAUUCUCCACCAUCCCAAUCCUCAACAACAACAGCUUCCUCUCCAACAGAGAAAAGAGGCAGAAGAAAACCAGCAGAACCAGGAAGGUUUCUAGGAGUUAGAAGAAGACCAUGGGGAAGAUAUGCAGCAGAGAUAAGAGACCCUACAACCAAAGAAAGACAUUGGCUUGGCACAUUUGACACAGCCCAUGAAGCAGCCUUAGCUUAUGAUAGAGCAGCACUCUCCAUGAAAGGAACCCAAGCUAAAACAAACUUUGUUUACGCUGAUCAAAACUCUUCCUUCCACCCUUUCCUCAACCCAGCGUUCCACUCCCAAACCCUAACCCUAGCUGCAGCACCACCACCCACUCCAUUCCCGCAGUUAGAAGGCCAAAUAAAUGACUUCACUCCAUUCCAUCCAGGUGAGUUGUUUGGUUUGAGUGGAGAUACAAGAUCCGGAGAGUUAAGUAGUAUAAUACCGGAGAGUUAUUGGAACUCAAGUAAUAAUUCAGCUGCUUCAAGGCAAGUCAGUGAUGUUAGUACGGUGAAGGGGUGUACAACGAAUGGAGAAGAGAAUGUAGUUGAUGAAAUGGGAAGUGGGGUUUGGAUGGAUGAGGCAUUAUGGGAGUUUGGAGCUUGUGGAGCUCCAACAUGCUUUGAUGGAGUAUGGUCAUGCUGCAACUCAUCAAGAUAUGCCCCUCCAAAGAAAGACGAUUCUGACGUAUAUGAGGAAAUGAUUGGUGAUGCUCGCAUGAAUGCUUUUGUUGGGAAUGUUCCUGAUUAUGACCAAGCACCGAACAGUGAAGUACAACUGUUUUAUGAUUUAUCAAAUGCUGCAAAACAACCUUUAUGGAAAGGCAACACUAUGUAUACAGAGUUAUUGAUGGCACUAAGAUUAAUGUUUUCUUAG